CCCCAGGCAAAGACAGUGGCGACCUCAGAUUUAUAGGAAAUGCACAGAUACGGCAUGGUUGUACCUGUUCUUUCUCUUUUGGACUGGUUUGGUGUUCAUCAUGGGCUACUCAGUGGCAGCUGGAGCCACAGGAAGACUCCUCUUUGGCUACGACAGCUUUGGCAACGUGUGUGGCAAGAAGAACUCCCCAGUAGAAGGGGCCCCUCUUUCAGGGCAGGACAUGACCCUAAAAAAACACGUGUUUUUUAUGAAUUCCUGCAAUCUGGAGGUCAAGGAUGUGAGGCUCAGUUCCACUGUCCUCUGUGUGUCCCGCUGUCCUGAAGAGCAGCUUGAUACCCUGGAAGAGCUCCAGCUCUUUGCAAACACCAGUGGGUCCUUCCUGUGUGUUUAUAGUUUGAAUUCCUUCAACUACACCCAGAAUCCAAAGGCAGACUCGCUGUGCCCCAGGCUACCAGUUCCUCCAAGCAAGUCUUUUCCCUUGUUUAACCGAUGCAUCCCUCAAACACCUGAGUGUUAUUCCCUGUUUGCAUCUGUUUUGAUCAAUGAUGUUGACGCCCUCCAUCGAAUUCUAAGUGGAAUAAUGUCAGGAAGAGACACAAUCCUCAGCCUCUGUAUCCUUGCAUUUGCCUUGUCUUUGGCCAUGAUGUUCACCUUUCGAUUCAUCACCAGCCUUCUGGUUCACAUUUUCAUUGCGCUGAUUGUUGUGGGAUUGUUGUUUGUCUGCGGUGUCUUAUGGUGGCUGUAUUAUGACUAUACCAAUGACCUCAGCAUAGAAUUGGACACAGAGAGGGAAAAUAUGCAGUGUUUGCUGGGGUUUGCUGUUGUGUCUACAGUUAUCACGGCAGUUCUGCUCGUCCUGAUUUUCGUCCUCAGGAAGAGAAUAAAAUUGACAGUUGAACUUCUCCGCGUCACAAAUAAAGCCAUCAGCCACUCUCCUUUCCUGCUGUUCCAGCCACUCUGGACAUUUGCCAUCCUCCUUCUCUUCUGGGUCCUCUGGGUGGCCGUGCUCCUGAGCCUGGGAACUGCAGGAGCUGCACACGUCAUCGAAGGCGGUCAAGUGGAAUAUAAGCCUCUUUUAGGCAUUCGGUAUAUGUGGUGGUACCAUUUAAUCGGCCUCUUCUGGACUAGUGAAUUCAUCCUCGCGUGUCAGCAAAUGACUAUAGCUGGGGCAGUGGUUACGUGUUAUUUCAACAGAAAUAAAAAUGACCCUCCUGAUCGUCCGAUCCUUUCAUCUCUCACCAUUCUUUUCUGCUACCAUCAGGGAACAGUUAUCAAGGGGUCAUUUUUAAUCACUGUGGCGAGGAUUCCAAGAGCCAUUCUCAUGUAUGUGUAUAACACUCUGAAAGAGAAGCAGCACGGUGCCUGGUCGAGGUGCGUGUCCCGAUGCUGCUGCUGCUGUUUCUGGUGUCUUGACAAAUGCCUGCGCCAUCUCAACCAGAAUGCAUACACUACAACUGCCAUUAAUGGGACAGAUUUUUGCACAUCAGCAAAAGAUGCACUCGAACUCUUAUACAAGAAUUCAAGUCAUUUUACAUCUGUUAACUGCUUUGGAGACUUCAUAAUUUUUCUAGGAAAGGUGUUAGUGGUAUGUUUCACAGUUUUUGGAGGACUGAUGGCAUUUAACUACCACCGUGUGCUUCAGGUGUGGGCAAUCCCACUGCUGUUGGUUGCUUUUUUUGCCUACUUAGUAGCCCAUAGUUUUUUAUCUGUGUUUGAAACUGUGCUGGAUGCACUUUUCCUGUGUUUUGCUGUUGAUCUGGAAACAAAUGAUGGAUCAUCAGAAAAGCCCUACUUUAUGGACCAAGAGGUUUUGAGUUUUGUAAAAAGGAUCAACAAAUUAAACAGUGCAAGGACACAGAGAGACAAGAACUCAUUAACCAAUGAAGAGGGAACAGAACUCCAGCCUUUGUGAGAUAAGCGCCCAUCAGGUAUCUGUACCUGGAAAAAGUUUCCUUUUCCUAAGAGCCGUGCACAGAAUAAACGAUUAAGGCCUGAUAUGGACCCUAUUCUUCUUCACUGUUUUUGUCCCCAUUAU